GUACCGGUAUCUCUGUUACUGGGCACGUUUCGUUCCUGAAGGUCUAGCGUUUAGUGUUGUUUAUUACGAAGCGUUUGUCUUUAAAUUGGCUGUGUAAAUAUUAGUUUUGGACCACCCGAUGGCGCCUUGAGGCCGCAGUGUGUUGUGGGGACUUGAGACCAGACCAGACCAUUGACAUAUAGGACCAGACCCGACGCCAUCUUCAAUAUCCCCAGUUGUUCUCUUCUGGUCGGUGUGUUAGCUGGUUUACUUCACUGAAUUAACGUUAGUAUUACAGAAAUCAUGGGAAGAAAGAAGAAAAAGCAAAUGAAGCCUUGGUGCUGGUACUGCAACAGAGAUUUUGAUGAUGAAAAGAUUCUCAUUCAGCAUCAGAAGGCCAAACAUUUCAAGUGCCACAUCUGUCAUAAAAAGCUGUACACUGGCCCUGGGCUUGCAAUCCACUGUAUGCAGGUUCAUAAAGAGACCAUUGAUGGAGUCCCCAAUGCAAUACCUGGAAGAACUGAUAUUGAGCUGGAAAUCUAUGGCAUGGAGGGUAUUCCCGAAAAAGACAUGGAAGAGAGAAGAAGAGUGCUAGAACAAAAGAACCAAGAGACUCAAAAGAAAAAGCAGAACCAGGAUGACUCUGAUGAGUAUGAUGAAGAUGACGAGCCUGGUCCCUCCUUCCAGCAGCCUGCUGCAGGCCAGCCACAGGCAGGCUGCAUACCCCCUAUGACCCAGCCUGGCAUGCCUCCUGGCUCUGCUGCUUCAGGGAUACCACCAGGCAGCUACUCAGGAAUUCCCCCAAUGAUGCCAGGUGUGCCACCAAUGAUGCCAGGAAUGCCCCCCGUAAUGCCAGGAAUGCCUCCAGGGAUGAUACCAAUGGGUGGGAUGAUGCCUCCAGGUCCAGGGAUGCCACCAAUGAUGCCAGGUGUGCCACCAGGCAUGCCUCCUCCUGUGGGCCACCGUCCAGGCAUCACACACAUGGCUCAGGCAAAUAUGCUGACUAGACCUGCUGUCCCUGCUGCCACUGUCCCCUCAGGCCAGCCUGAUGUAACAAAGCCUCUUUUUCCCAUUGCUGGACAGAUGGGCAGUCGUGUUGCAAGUACAAGUGCAGGCUCAUCCAGUGCAGACUCUCAGUCUGCCUCCCCUAAAGCUCUGUUCCCUGUCACGUCACAAAGUCUGCAGUCAGGGUCCCCCCACCCUCCUUCCUCUACCUCCUCUGAUCCCUCAAAGCCCACAUUCCCGGCCUAUACUCAGGCCACCGUAGCUGUGGCCAGCACCAAUGCUGGCAGCAGUACGGUCUCCAAACCUCCCUCUACUGUGACCAGUAAGCCUGCCACCCUCACCACCUCCAGUGCAACCAGUAAGUUGAUCCACCCUGAUGAGGAUAUCUCACUGGAAGAGUUGCGCGCUCAGUUGCAGAGGUACCAGCUCAGUAUUCUCCGCCCAGGCCAGAACAGUGCUGCUGCCCCGUCAGCGGGUUCCGUGGGUGGGAUGAUGGCUCCUCAGCAGUCCAGCAUGAGGCAUUCCAUACCUGGCCAGUACGGUGGUCCACCCCAGGGGCUGCCAGGCUACAUGCCAGGAGGGAUGCUUCCGUACGGACAGGCCCCUCCUGUGGUUCCCCCAGGGUACCAGGGAGCCCCUCCACGGCCACCCAUGGGUAUGAGACCCUCUGUCAUGUCUCCUGGAGCCCGCUACUGAAGCCUGCCAUCUUCUCUUCAAUAGGUUUGGACACUCAACCCUUUUCUAAUGUCCUCAGCUGCUAGUAGACAAACCAGUAUUGGUAUUUUAGUACCACAACAUACUGUUUAUUCUACUACUGAGCAAUGAGGAAGAGACACUGAAUAAACAGCAAACAAAAGAAUCACAGAGCGCAUGGGAAGUAUUUACACUGUACCUAACCAAGACUAUGUACUGUUGUUUCAAACCCUCUCUGUUCUGUGGCUUUUUUUUCCUUCUCAUGUUUCAUUCAGGUUUAUAGAAGUGUAGUAGAUAUGGUUCGUAGUGUUGUGAAGGCGCUGGAGUUACAUGAGCAGUACCCAACCUUUAUCAAGGCAAGUUUUAUGUAAAUACAUUUCUGUUCUAAGCUUAACAGUGAGGCCUUCACAGCACGUAGUGCUGUUGGACUUUGUGUCCCCAACUGUGUUUGGUGAGGGCUUCAAAUAACUGUUGAUGCAUUCAUUCUGUUUUAUGUGCAUAGUUUUAAUGAAGAGGUACUCCCAUAACCUUAAAUAGUUGAAGUACUAAAUGAAGUGAUAUAUGUAUUGUUGUAAAACUGUAUUGUAAUAAAAUGUGGCAAAAAUGUAAGACUCUUCUUUGCGGGAUGUUAGUGGGAAAAGAGACGUCACUGCAGGUUUGUACUCCAGUUGAAAUAUGUUGGUAAAUGUUUUCUUUUGGCUAGAAACAGUAUAUUGAUUUUUAAUUUUUAUUGAUUCUCUGAACGUGGCAAGUGCAUUGUACAGCUGCAUAAUUCCGGGUCGCUGUAGCGCUAAAACCCAGAUUUCUCUUCUCCCUGUAGCGAUGCCAUGGGGGACUGGCUGAGGCCCUGUCUCAGUGUAGCCCUGUUUCAGCCUGAGGCAAGUCUCACCAUUUUCUGUCUUCUCAUUCAUUACCAGGGGCCCUCACAGCUUACACGCUGUUGGAUCUCAAUGUCCCCAAACUUGCAGCAAGUUUGGUGAAGGCCCUUGUUUGUGUUGUUGCGUUUAGGCACCAUUUUCUUCAGGCAUGUAAAUUAUGUUCUUGAUUGUUAACCUCUAAUGUGUCAUUGAACCUGUAUCCUCCAUUCUUGGUUGGUGAGAGCAUCAGGAAGCUCAGUUUUCAUUUAAUAACUUUAUACUGAAAGUAUGGAGCUUUUAAAUGAAACCGUAUUCCUUAAGAAGCUUUUUAUAAUAACUAGUCCUACAGUCAACAGCAAUUUACUGCCUAAAAUAUUAAAGCUUGGUCAAAAGUCUGUCACAAACAGCCAUAAAUACAUUAAAUGUUUGUUGGGAGGUUUGUGAUGAACAAAUGACUUUUCAUAUGAAUGUGAAAAUGUCUUUACUACUUAAUCCUGUUUGUUUCAUCAGCUGUCCUCACUUGAUCAUUUGAGUUUAACUACUUACAUGAAGGAGAAUCCCUACCAGUAACAGGUUAGUUAAAGCUGUAAGUACCACUGCUGUAAUUUUAACUUCCGUCAACCUGUGUUUUGUGUGCUCACACAGUUAGUCACCUUUUUUUUUUUUUUUUUAACAAAAUGAGCCCAUAAUAAUUAAGCAUUCUACAUUUAUAGCAGCCAAUCAUUCAAUAUGAUCGAGGAAUAAGUCGGGGCAGAAAACAUAUGUGUGCAACACAUUUCUUUCCACUAGUUCCUCUUAAUGUGAUCAGCAUCUAUAGUUUUUGAUGGGAAUGACCUCCAUUUAAACUAAUGAUUUAAUGCUUUACUUGAGUAUCAAAAGGAGAGUCUUCACUGGUAAGUAUGGGCUCAUCACUUCUGUUUAAUGUGCUAACAGGGCCGUGUCUGGGGGGAGUGGCACAGGUCACCCAGUGCGCCAGGUUAGAGGCGGUACCUUAGUUUGUAUUUUGCUGGAAAUUGGAAGUUGUUUAUACAGUAUUGUCCAUGCAGGCUUAUUCAUUUUAAUGUUGGUACUUUAUACUUUGACUUUAUUUUUGAAUGUGCAUUGUUUUCUGUUGUAUGUAGCCUACAUUUAGAGGUACAAUUUAUUUUUGAGACUUAAAGAAUAAAGUCUGGAAGCUUUAUAUUACAUGUGUAUGAUGUAAUAUACCAAUCAUGUGUAUGAUUGGUAGGUCUAUUUAUCUUUUAAAUAAACAUUUUAAAAACAGAGGAAUGUCAGAACCUGUGAGACACUGUAAUGUUAGUAAUUAAAGUAGAUAAGCGUAUUGGAAAACAGAAUGUUCAGGCUAUUCUGACAUGCAUUUGUGUGUUCACCUGCACACACUACAAGCCACCUGUAUAAGUGAGUGUCCCACUUGGAUCACCCCAGUCAAAGUCUGGAAUGUAUUCUAAUUCUCAGUUAAUAUUGAACAAUUGUAUCUGCUAAAUAAUACAGUUAAAUAAAAAUAUACAUUUUCAUUAGCUUGUAGUUAUUAAAGCUUUGGAAGAGGUUUUUCCGGUUUUAAUUUGAGUGAAACAUUCAUCAUGAAUAUUUCUUUUAGGAUCAGUCCCUCAAAGCACAACUGGAUUUGAUUUGUGAUGAAUGCGCCACUGUCUGAAUGUAUACUGUUUUUUUAUUUUUAAAUAAACCAGUUCCUAAACUCUU